AUCGGGAUUGCCACCUUGCGAGAUUUAUGCUUGUGAAUUUUUUCAGUCAUUUCGCGACUCGAUCCUCGAUCUCGUAGAACGAGUCAGUUGGUUGAUUAAACGAACGAACGAAGCGAUCAGAGCAUAGAGGAAGGGGGAAGACCCCAUGCGCGGAGAGUCGGGGGCAGGAAAUGGAUAGCCUUCCACAGAGCCUCCUUUGCUCCCCGUAAUACUUCGCAGUACCAUUAAGAAACGAUCGACGCACGCGGUCACAUGUCGGCGCGCGUGUAACGCCCGUCCCGCCGCGAUUCGUCCGGUGUACGGUUUGUUUUCGCGACGUACUGCUACGUAAUACCGUUACGUCGUCCUCGUGGCGAUAUUCGAGAAUCGAACUUUAACGUCGGAUCGUAAACUUGUGUCGGCCAGCAAUACGUGAAGCAGAGAGAGAAAACGAGAGAGAAAGAGAGAGAGAAAGAGAGUAUAUGUGUGUGUGUGAGACAGAAGGAAGAAGAAAAAGAGAGCGAGGAUAGGUUACGCGACAUCGUGGCGGCGGAUCUGAGGCGCACUCACGAGCUAACGAGCAAGCACCUGUCCGCCGCGAUCAUGAAUGUAGACGACUACGAAAGCCUUCCGACCAACUCCGUGGCCGUGCACAUGACGGCCGGUGCUGUCGCCGGGAUUAUGGAGCAUUGCGUCAUGUACCCAUUUGACAGUGUCAAGACAAGGAUGCAAGCAUUAACUCCUGGUCCAGGAGGAGGAGGAGGAAUAGGAGAGGUGUUAUAUAGAAUGAUACGACAAGAAGGUGUAUUAAGGCCAAUUAGGGGUGUCAGUGCAGUGGUUGCUGGUGCAGGUCCCGCACAUGCUUUAUACUUUUCUUGCUACGAGUGUCUUAAAGAAAAGUUUAAGAGUACAAGAUCUCAAUUCAAUCAUCUUGUCUAUGGGGCAGCUGGUUGCGUAGCAACAAUUCUGCAUGAUGGUGUCAUGAAUCCAGCGGAAGUGGUUAAACAACGAUUGCAGAUGUAUAAUUCCCCUUAUAGGAAUGUAUUGAAUUGUAUACAACAUGUAUAUCAGAAAGAAGGGAUAUUUGCAUUCUACAGGAGUUACACAACUCAAUUGGCUAUGAAUGUGCCUUUUCAGAGUAUUCAUUUUAUCUCUUAUGAAUUCGUACAAUCCAUUACGAAUCCAGAACACAUUUAUAAUCCAAUAGCACAUAUUGGAUCGGGUGCAGCAGCAGGUGCAAUUGCGGCUGCCGCGACGACCCCUCUGGAUGUUUGCAAAACAGUGUUGAAUACACAACAGGAUGGUGUGCACGCUCAAGGCAUGAUAGAUGCAUUUAAGCAAGUCUACAGGUUUGGCGGAAUACAGGGAUACUUUCGUGGAUUACGUGCACGUGUCUUAUUUCAAGCACCAGCCACCGCUAUCUGUUGGGUGAUAUACGAGUCAUUCAAGUAUGUGUUGCGGGGCAAGCAAGAUGAUGAAUAUAGUGAUUCCGAAGCCGACAAUGGUAUGACCGGAAUUAAUCAGAAUCCGACGCUUGCAUCAAGAUCUAAUAGCUUUCAGGGCGCAGGUCUGUACUUUAACAACCAUGCCUCAUCACCCGUGUUACUCAAAGUGACUACGAGUUAGGCAUGUAAAAAAUCCAUACUAUUGAUUGUCCAUUAUGAAAAAGAAUGAGAGAGAGAAAACUAUUUCAUUAUCCAAGAAAUUGUUUAUGGAAGUAGCGGUAUCUUUUUUUUGUAUAAGAAUAUACCGACACAAUGAAUAUUUGUUGAUUCAUUCAUUAUUUGAGCCGCAUUUUUACAUAUUCUAUGUCGCAAUCGAAAAAAAUCGAUAUUAAAGAAAGACAAUAGCAAGCAAAGGUACGGAUCUUGGAUUUAUUGAAUAUUAAUAUAUAAACUUCUUCGAUUAUUGUUAACU